CAUGCUGGAAAAUUAUAGGAAUGUGGUCUCUCUGGGUAAUCAUAGGCAGGAGAAUAAAGAUUCCAGUGAAAAAUUCCAAAUGGUCAGGCAUGGAGGCGCAACAGAGAAGCCUGCAAGUCAAAUGGAACCAGAAAGGCAUGAGGGAAUCCAGUUAAAUAAUUGGAAUCAGGACAGCUCAUCUUCCAUUGAUGCUCAGAUUCAAGACUUUAUUUUCGAACAAGGAAAAAUAAAGAAAAAGUAUGUUAGCAAAAGUGUAAAAUUAUUAAAAGACAGAUUAGAUGUAACUGAACACUGUCCAACACAAUCCAAAGGAAAAGAUAAUAUAUGCAGAGAUAAUGGAAAAAAUUGCAAUUGGACUUUCACUGUUUCUCAUGAAAAUAGGUUCCUUACAUCUCAUAAAAGGAUCUACAUAGGAGAGAAGCCAUAUAAAUGUUUGGAAUGUGGAAAGAGCUUCAGAACAAGCAGUCAACUUACUACACAUAAAAGGAUCCACACAGGGGAGAAACCACAUGAAUGCAUGGACUGUGGAAAGACCUUUGCUCAUACCAGUCAACUUAUUGCCCAUAAAAGGAUUCACAUAGGAGAGAAACCAUAUAAAUGCAUGGAGUGUGGAAAGAGCUUCAGCCAACUCAGUAAUCUUACUUGCCAUAACAGGAUCCACACAGGGGAGAAGCCAUAUAAGUGCACUGAGUGUGGAAAGAGUUUUACUCAGAAGGAUCAUCUGAAUUCCCAUAAAAGGAUCCACACAGGGGAAAAACCAUAUAAAUGCAUGGAGUGUGGAAAGGCCUUUACUAACAGCAGUCAGCUUAUUGCACAUAAAAGGAUACACACAGGGGAUAAGCCAUAUAAGUGCAUGGAGUGUGGAAAGAGCUUCUAUGAAAAUGCAUCCCUUACGAAACAUAAAAGGAUCCACACAGGGGAGAAACCACAUGAAUGCAUAGAGUGUGGAAAGACCUUUGCUCAUAGCAGUCCACUAAUUGCCCAUAAAAGGAUCCACACAGGGGAGAAGCCAUAUAAAUGCACUGAGUGUGGAAAGAGCUUCAGGCAACACAGUAAUCUUACUUCCCAUAAAAGGAUCCACACAGGGGAGAAGCCAUAUAAGUGCCUGGAGUGUGGGAAGAGCUUUACUCAGAAGGAAAAUCUGAAUUCCCACAAAAGGAUCCACGCAGGGGAGAAACCACAUAAAUGCAUGGAGUGUGGAAAGGCCUUUGCUAAUAGCAGUCAACUUAUUGCCCAUAAAAGGAUUCACACAGGGGAGAAGCCCUAUAAGUGCAUGGAGUGUGGAAAGAGCUUCAGCCAACGCAGUAGUCUUACUUCCCAUAAAAGGAUCCACGCAGGGGAGGAGCCAUAUAAGUGCACAGAGUGUGGAAAGAGCUUUAUUCAGAAGAGUAAUCUGAAUUCCCACCAAAGAAUCCACACAAGAGAGAAACCAUAUAAGUGCAUGGAGUGUGGAAAGGACUUCUGUGGAAAUGAUUCCCUUGUGAAACAUAAAAGGAUCCACACAGGGGAGAAGCCAUAUAAAUGCAGAGAGUGUGGAAAGAGCUUUAUUCAGAGCAGUCAACUGAUUUCCCAUAAAUGGAUCCACACAGGAGAGAAACCAUAUAAGUGCAUGGAGUGUGGAAAGGACUUCUGUGGAAAUGAUUCCCUUGUGAAACAUAAAAGGAUCCACACAGGGGAGAAGCCAUAUAAAUGCAGAGAGUGUGGAAAGAGCUUUAUUCAGAGCAGUCAACUGAUUUCCCAUAAAUGGAUCCACACAGGAGAGAAACCAUAUAAGUGCAUGGAGUGUGGAAAGGACUUCUGUGGAAAUGAUUCCCUUGUGAAACAUAAAAGGAUCCACACAGGGGAGAAGCCAUAUAAAUGCAGAGAGUGUGGAAAGAGCUUUAUUCAGAGCAGUCAACUGAUUUCCCAUAAAUGGAUCCACACAGGAGAGAAACCAUAUAAGUGCAUGGAGUGUGGAAAGGACUUCUGUGAAAAUGGAUCCCUUAUGAGACAUAAAAGGAUCCACACAGGGGAGAAGCCAUAUAAAUGCAGAGAGUGUGGAAAGAGCUUUAUUCAGAGCAGUCAACUGAUUUCCCAUAAAUGGAUCCACACAGGAGAGAAACCAGAUAAGUGCAUGGAGUGUGGAAAGGACUUCUGUGAAAAUGGAUCCCUUAUGAGACAUAAAAGGAUCCACACAGGGGAGAAGCCAUAUAAAUGCAGAGAGUGUGGAAAGAGCUUUAUUCAGAAGAGUUAUCUGACUUCCCAUCAAAGGAUCCACACAGGGGAGAAGCCAUAUAAAUGCACAGAUUGUGGAAAGAGCUUUAUUCAGAAGGGUCACCUGAAUUGCCAUAAAAGGAUCCACACAGGGGAAGAGCCAUAUAAAUGCACAGUGUGUGGAAAGACUUUUACUCACAACAGUAAUCUUACUUCCCAUAAAAGAAUCCACACAGGAGAGAAACCGUAUAAGUGCAUGGAGUGUGGAAAGGACUUCUGUGAAAAUGGAUCCCUUAUGAGACAUAAAAGGAUCCACACAGGGGAGAAGCCAUAUAAGUGCAUGGAAUGUGGAAAGGACUUCUGUGAAAAUGGAUCCCUUAUGAGACAUAAAAGGAUCCACACAGGGGAGAAGCCAUAUAAGUGCAUGGAAUGUGGAAAGGACUUCUGUGAAAAUGGAUCCCUUAUGAGACAUAAAAGGAUCCACACAGGGGAGAAGCCAUAUAAGUGCAUGGAAUGUGGAAAGGACUUCUGUGAAAAUGGAUCCCUUAUGAAACAUAAAAAGAUCCACACAGGGGAGAAGCCAUAUAAAUGCAGAGAGUGUGGAAAGAGCUUCAUUCAGAAGGGUUAUCUGACUUCCCAUAAAAGGAUCCACACAGGGGAGAAGCCAUAUAAGUGCACGGAGUGUGGAAAGAGCUUUACUCAGAAGGGUCAUCUGAAUUCCCAUAAAAGGAUCCACAAAGGGGAGGAGACAUAUAAAUGCAUGGAAGGCAGCAAGGGCUUUACUACUAGCAGUGAUUUUACUUGCCAUGAAAGGAUCCACACAGAAGAGAAACCAUAUACUGUAAAUGUGUGGAGCAUGGAAAGAGCCUCAAGAGGAGCAAUGACCUAAUUUCCCAUACACAGAUCCAUUUGGGUGAGAAUCCAUGUAAAUUCUAGAUUUGUUUAAAACUAUGUAUAUCCUGUUUGCAUAUACUGAACUAGGAAAGGAAGAUUUCUUUGAGUCUGACCCUCACAACUGACAGCCCAAGAGAAAUGAAUUUACCAGUGAAAACAACAACAAUGGGCAUGUGCUAUUUUAAUUAGGAAGUGUGGAUUUUUGAAGGUACUGUCAUUUUAGGUGGUCAACACUACUGCACAUCAAUAAGAAAAAAUCUUUUAUUUUAUUUUUUUUAAUUAAGUUUACGUUUAUCCCAUUUUCCAGUUGAUCCUGGUUCUGGGAGGGAUGUGAACAGGCAGAGAUUUAACAGGUGCUGCUUCCUCAGGCUGUAGAAUGUGCUGCAUCUCCCUGUUUCAUCUCUUCAGGACAAAGCUUUAUUCGUGUUUCUUUCACUAUAGCAGACAUGCAGCAAGAAAUUCAACUGAUCCACAAUCACUUCCCAUAAUUUAAGUUUUCCUUCUUUUGCCUGGUCUUCUUACAAUUGUUUCCCCCUCCCUUUCUCAUUCCUUACACUCACAGUUUAUCAGAGGACCCUACACUUCUCUGUCUUCCCAAAAAGUUGGAAAUGGUGCAGCAGAGAGA